GCAACUCGGAGACUCCGGCCAGAGCGCAGGAGCUGCCCAGAGGCUGUGGUCCUGAAAGCUCCACUCUGGGGAACUAGCCACUCAGAGGAGGUACUGAAGAACAGCUAAAUCAGCUGCAACGGGAGCAUCAGCCUGAAGGCGUCCUGGAGGAGCAUACAGAACUCCCAGGAACGAGUAGAACAAGAAUCAGUCAGAAAAAAACAGAUUCAGUGACAUAUCUAAGAGGCAGGGGCCGGUUUAACAUGGAUCGCUAAAAGUACUUCCUUCUCCUAUGAUCUGGACGCUCAGGGAGACUUGGGUUCUCUGAGUCUCCUCCAGGACACAGAUCCAGACUUCACACCAGGGACCACCACUGACAGAGAAUCUGGAAAUGGCAAAACCUUAUGUGAAACCCAAGGAGAUGACAGAGUUGGUCAACACACCAUCCUGGAUGGACAAAGCCCUGGGCUCUCAGAAUGAGAUGAAGGAGGAAGAGAGAAGAUCAGCUGCUUAUGGGAUGCUUGGAAGCUUAGCUGAAGAGCAUGACAGUAUUGAGGAGGAAGAAGAGGAGGAAGAGGAUGGGGAGAAGCCUAAGAGAAGGGGUCCCAAGAAAAAGAAGAUGACAAAAGCUCGCCUUGAGAGAUUCAGGGCUCGAAGAGUCAAGGCCAAUGCUAGAGAACGGACCCGGAUGCAUGGCCUGAAUGAUGCCCUGGACAACCUGAGGAGAGUCAUGCCAUGUUACUCUAAGACUCAAAAGCUGUCCAAGAUAGAGACUCUUAGACUGGCCAGGAACUAUAUUUGGGCUUUGUCUGAGGUCCUGGAAACUGGACAGACACCUGAAGGGAAGGGCUUUGUGGAGAUGCUCUGCAAAGGGCUCUCUCAGCCUACAAGCAACCUGGUGGCUGGAUGCCUCCAGCUGGGCCCUCAGUCUGUCCUCCUGGAGAAGCAUGAGGAGAAAUCUCCUAUUUGUGACUCUGCCAUCUCUGUCCAUAACUUCAACUAUCAGUCUCCUGGGCUCCCUAGCCCUCCUUAUGGCCAUAUGGAAACACAUCUUAUUAAUCUCAAACCCCAAGUAUUCAAGAGUUUGGGAGAAUCAUCCUUUGGGAGCCAUCCACCUGACUGCAGUACACCACCUUAUGAGGGCCCACUCACUCCACCCUUGAGCAUCAGUGGGAACUUCUCCUUGAAGCAAGAUGGCUCUCCUGACCUGGAUAAAUCCUACAGUUUCAUGCCACAUUACCCUUCUGCAAGUCUAAGCUCAGGGCAUGUUCAUUCAACUACCUUUCAGGCUGGUACCCCUCAUUAUGAUGUUCCCAUAGAUAUGUCCUAUGAUUCCUACCCUCACCAUGGCAUUGGGGCCCAACUUAAUACAAUCUUCACUGAUUAGGGCAGUAAGACAAGCAUUUCAGAGGAUAAUGUGGAGAUGUUUCCCAUAAUUCAAGUGGGUUGAGCUGAAGAUUCAAUGACCUUAAAGGAACCCUAUAGAUAGAUAUCAAACGCAGUAGUCCCAGUCCAUUUAGGCCUUCCUGCACCUGCCACCCUCAUUUAUCAUCAGCUUCUCACACUGUAUUGAUUCAUUUAGUUAGGGUCCUCAAGUGAAAUUAUUUGAUUGUUUACAAUCAUGUGGAAAUACAACAGAAGCCCUGGGCCCUAUUCUAAUGGUGCCAAAAACUCAUGAUCUAUGCCACUUAAUUUUCCAUUUCUGGCCUCUGUUUACUGAUCGGUAAAAUCAGACA